GAGGUCCUCGCGGUGCUGUUGCAGGAGCAGGACAACAAGGACAAGAUUACGGUGCAGCGAUCAGUCAUAGAUGAGAUUUUGAACUCGCGCAGUGAAAUCGAGGCGUGAGGAAUGGGCGGUCAUGUGAAAUCCAUUUGAAAGAUGUGAAGCCAGGUAAGGCUCACCUUGAAACACCAUUUGCGCAGAACAUUAGAUAUCCGGGAGACAUGUCAUGGGCGUUAGGAAUUUUGGAACUUAUGCAACGAUCUGGGAAAUUAGGACAUGAGCGCCUCGCUACCGGUAGCGAAGUGUACGAUAUGCAAGGUAGCAAUUCAUGUACGAGACACAUUACCUCCUUCCUGUCGUCAAUCAGAAUGCGUAUGUUUUGCGAACACAAUGAGCCCAGUCGGACCCGACGCAAAGCAAAGCCCCUCCAUGUUGCUAAGGCGACUGCAUGCUCACUUGAGCCGGGCUACAUACAUCAUCACGCGGGGCUGGGCUACUGCGGAGGUAUUCACAGAUAUGCGUAGCGCAGACGCCAAUCUGAUAGUGAGAUCCCCACCAAAGCUAAAACGCAUAGCGUACGUGUGCGUAGUGAGGUUCGCAAGCCCUGCGCGCGCAGUCCCGCUCGCGUUCGGAAGAGGCAGUCAGCUGUGCAUGCUCUCGGAGACUUGGACAAAGGCAAGCCACACUUUCGAAGCAGAGGUGCUCGCAAAGGAAAUCGCGAGCGGGAUUGGGAAAAUGAUGUGUCGGAGGCCCUUUGUGUGCGGCGCCGGUGGUGAGGAUAGGCGGGGUUCAGUGUGGAUCUCGAUGGUUCUUUGGGUGGUGGAGGGUGGCGAACGGGCUGCUUUGGCUGGAUGGAGCGCGCGUGCUGUGGGGUUCUGCAGCACCUCUCGGAGUGCCAUGCUGGCUGGAUGCAGUUCCGCCUGGGCCCCGGCGACAGGCCGAACCCACCCUCGGCGGCAGCACUCGGCUAGCACAGACGUCGCUCGCCAGCUCGGGAGGCAUGGCCGUGUUCUGCGCGGCGCUGGCGGUGCCGGGGAAGACCCACUGGCGUCGCUACAGGCGCAGGCUGUCCUGCGAUCAAAGCGAAGCGGAAACAAUCGAUAAGGCUGCGCGCAGGUGGAGCAGACCGUUUAUCGCGAGCACGUUCACAUUGAAACGCUGACCCUGCGCGGUGGAGGCCUUGCUUGUGAGCCACCAUGGCCACCUGCAAGCAUCGGUCCAACCGCACGACGCCGUCGGUAUGGGCUUGCAGCAGCGUGCAUGGAGCUCGAACCGGACGGGCUGAUUUAACGGCGCCUUGAUCCAUCAAGCUAGGGUGCGACCGAUAGCCACAGGCGGGGGUCGAAGCAGCGUCCACAGCAUUCCGCCUGUAUCACCACCUCGUUGCUCCCCUCGAUCCUUCUUCGUCCUCCCUUUCGUACCCAUCAAUUCACUCUCACCCUCACUUUCCCCCAUUCACUGUCACCAUGCUCGCCGUCGCUGCCGCCGUCGCCGCGCUUUAAACUCCGCGACUGCCACAAGGGCAUCG